UUGAAAAUGCAACACACUCCGAUAAUACAAGCCUAACCCACACUACAGAAUCACCAAGUAACGUAAAUGAAUCAAAUACAACUCAACCUCUUGACAGUACAUCUGAAUUCAAUACAACAGCCAUUCCUUAUUACACAACACAACCUCUGAAUGAUUCUACAGUGGAGGAGACCACAGAUGCUGAAACUGAUACCACUACAGAUACACCUGAAUUCAAUACUACAAUGUAUUCACUUAACUUCACAACUUUUAAUACAACUGAUGUCACUUAUUCCAACACAACAGAUCAGUUCAAUACAACUCAAUCAAAUACAACAGCCUUUACAAUCAACAUAACCUUGUUUAACACAACAGAUGCGCCACUGAAUGAAACCAAUUUCAAUGGGACUGAUGUCAAUCAUAGCAUCAACUCAACAGAGACCUCCAAUAACACAUUGGAACUGAAUACAACUGUAAGCCCUACAGUUAAUACAACACAGUUUGACAUCACAAAUACAACACAGAUGCAUACAACAACCUUUCCAACAACAGAAAAUAUUACCAGUGGGCCAACCAACUCCACUUUGGAGCCUGUCACAACAGUUAGUCUUCUUAACACAACACAGUCAAAUAGCACAAUAGAAAAUGCCUUUACUGAAAAUAUAAUCACUAACACAACUACAACAAUCAAUCCAAUUAACAUUCCAAACAACAUACCAACAAAUACGACCAUUGUUAUUAGCAUUGUCACAAAUAGCAGUACAGCUCCCACAACUGCUCCAUCAGUGAUACACCCAAGCUCUCCUCAGAACAGCUCCACUUCCACAACAGAAGCUCCAAUUAUUGCUCCAACUCCAACGACUAGCAAAAGCAACUCAACAACAGUCACUACGAGGCCUGCCGUUCCAGCUGUGCCAACAACACCAGCCACUACCAUGGCAACUACUACAGAAGCAACAACUAAAACCCCAGAUGCAGUGGCUAGCGAUCUUCUGAACCAAACACAGAAUUUGGCAUCUUUAAACUCAACUGAGGUCAGUCAGCUGGUCAACCAGUUAGAAAAUCUUAUCUCCGCACCCAAUAUUAGUCUGGAUCUAGGCCGAAUAGUGCUGUCCGUCAUCAACAACUUUCUAAACAGCUCUGCAGAUACUGUGGCUGCCUCCUCAAACCGAUUAAUCAAAGCUGUGGAUAAUUUGGGUAUGAAGCUUGUGAUUCGGGACCAGACUGAAAACAUCGUAUUUGAUUCACUCGCUUUGACUGUGACCAAAGUUGAUGGGACCAACUUUGGGAAAACAUCAUUCACAAUUGCAGAUCCCUUAAACCCACAGGUCACAAAAGGACUUCAAAGACAAGUCAGGGCAGUGGAAAGUUCCUCCCCCUUGGCCAAAAUAACACUACCUGCAUCCCUGACAGAGAACCUCUCUCCAGAAGAAAAGAAGAUAGCCUCUAGAGUCCAGUUCACCUUCUUUCAGAAAAGCACAUUUUUUCGGGAUAAAACCCUGAGUCCAGAGAAGCUGAACAGCCACAUACUAGGCUCUAGUGUGGCUAACCUGUCAAUCAAAAACCUGAGGGAGAAUGUUACAUUUACUCUGAGGAAUAAACAGCCCGUUGCGGGGAACUAUGUAGCUUCCUGUGUUUUCUGGGACUUUGACCAAAACGGAGGUUUAGGAGGCUGGAAUGGCAACGGCUGCUCUGUCAAAAACAGCAGCACCGAGAACGAAACUGUCUGCAGCUGCAAUCACCUGACAAGCUUUGCUGUACUACUGGACGUUAGCCGGCAAGGCAUAUCUGACUCUUUGCAUGCCAUCAUCCUUACCUUCAUCACUUAUAUCGGAUGUGGGGUGUCCGCCAUCUUCCUCUCCAUUACUCUGAUCACCUACCUCGCGUUUGAAAAACUCCGCCGGGACAUCCCUUCAAAGAUCUUGAUCCAUUUGAGUUUCGGCCUGCUCUUGCUGAACCUGGUAUUCUUGUUGGACUCGUGGCUGGCGCUGUACAAAGAUGCUGUAGGCCUGUGCAUUUCCACAGCCUUCUUCCUGCACUACUUCCUGUUGGUCUCCUUCACCUGGAUGGGACUGGAGGCUCUGCAUAUGUACCUGGCCAUCGUCAAAGUCUUCAACAACUUCAUGUCCCGAUACAUGCUAAAAUUUUCCCUGGCAGGCUGGGGAAUCCCUUUGGUUGUCGUCAUUAUUGUGAUUGCGGUAAACAAAGAUAACUAUGGCCUCGUAAGCUAUGGGAAGUUUUCUGACGGAACUACAGAUGAAUUUUGUUGGCUGAACAAUAACAUAGCGUUCUAUGUGGCUGUUGUGGCGUACUUCUGCAUCAUAUUUGUGUUGAACCUGGCCAUGUUUGUGGUGGUGAUGGUCCAUUUGAGACGAAUCAAGCGCAGAAACCCUCACAAUAAUCAGUACCGCAGCGGCUUGCAUGACCUUCGUAGCAUCGCGGGACUUACUUUCCUACUCGGGCUUACAUGGGGCUUCGCCUUCUUCGCCUGGGGACCGGUCAAUUUGGCCUUUACGUACCUGUUUGCCAUAUUUAAUUCCCUACAGGGCUUUUUUAUUUUUGUUUUCCACUGCGCUCUGAAGGAAAAUGUCCGUAAACAGUGGAGAAUGUACCUCUGUUGUGGCAGUUUACGAUUGGCUGAAAAUUCAGAGUGGAGUCGGACAGCCACACAGAGCAACCACACCAAAAAGACUUCGAUCAUGACGGCAGAUUCAGGGACCCUCAGUGUACCGCGAAGCUCAGUGAGCAGUGAUGACUCAGUGCCAUCCCAAGGCAUCGGCUCACUGGUGGAUGACAGUGUGAUCAUGUCAGGGGAAGCAAAUGACGACGUGAUCUUCAAUGAGAUGAACAGUCAAAUACGUUCACGACUCAGAUCUGAAUAGUUUUUAGAAGAGGAUUAUAAACGCAGACAGGAAAAUAGGUGAAGAAACAGUCCAUUUAAUAUUAUGUUUCUAUCAGGCCUGAAAAAAACAUUUAUUACCAAGAUGAGAAUCUAAUGACUCAGCUCAAAAUGUCUUUUCUCAUCAGUUUGUCUGAAUCAAUGUUACAUGCAGUAAAGCUUUCAGCAUUUAGCUUUAUAGCCAGACAUUUUAUUAUUUGUUAUUGAACUGGGCUGCUCACAGCUGAGUAAUAAAUAGCAAGAGCAUGUACCUAUGGGAGUCAAUGUGUAAAAAUAUCUCUAUGUACUGAGGAGUGAGGUAUAUUAUGCUUUUGGGGUUUUAAACUCCUAUAAGUUUUCAGCAAACAGUAUUACACACCUCUUCUGCAAUAAAUAAAUAAAGCUCAGAUGAUGCAAGUGCAUCAAAUGGUACUUAAUAAAGGUUUUAUAAUUGAUGGACUACAUUUAAAAUGAAGGAAAAAAUUCUGUCUUAAAAACCAUAUAUAUC